CACAUCGUAAACUGUCGCGGUUUUGCAUAUUUUUGCUGUUUCCCACUAAACCCUAGGAAUUCCUGCAUUAUGUAUUCCCUGAUUAGCAUUAUCCGUAUUCCCUGGGGUGUUUACACAUAAGGUAAAUUGUCGGGAAAGGAAAGUUUAUUUCGUCACUAGAAGUCACAGGGGGCCGUGGCCAUUGGUUCUUCCGGUUGCACGAACCUAAUACGGCGGGCGCACUUCACCAUAUGGUAGACUCCUUCUAGUCUGAAAUCUUAGACAUUUCGGCUGUCUUGGGGGCUCUGUGUGCUGACAGGAACUGUUCCAGCUUGCCUCGUACUUGGUCACGUAGAUUUUCCCCGGUUUUCAGACGUGUCUUUCGGACCCCAGCCUGCACAUGGGAACGAUGUCGGUCGCCACUACUAUCACCAGUAUGGACAAGAUGAACACAACUGCGCCAACCGAACCGGACACGGACACGAUAAAGAUGUUCGUUGGGCAGAUCCCACGCUCAAUGGACGAGAAGGAUCUGAGACAGAUGUUCGAGGAGUUCGGACCGGUCUACCAGCUUAACGUGCUACGGGACAGAGCCACGGGACAGAGCAGAGGGUGCUGUUUUGUCACCUUCUACAGACGUAAGGAUGCCAUAGCUGCUCAGAAUGCACUACACAAUCUCAAAACCAUGCCAGGGAUGUCCCAUCCCAUACAGAUGAAACCUGCCAACAAUGAGAACAGAAACGCCAACGGCGAGUGUCCGGUUGAGGAACGUAAGCUGUUUGUCGGUAUGGUAUCGAAGAAAUGUAACGAGAGCGACGUACGCAUCAUGUUCGCGCCGUACGGAACGAUCGAAGAGUGUACUGUGUUAAGGGACCAGAACGGACAGAGCAGAGGUAACCCCUCUCUAAGUGAACGUACUAGUCAUAAAGGUUGUGCCUUUGUAACCUUCUCCACCCGAGCUUCUGCCCUGAACGCCAUCAAAGCCUUGCACCAGUCCCAGACUAUGGAGGGUUGCUCCUCCCCCCUGGUUGUGAAGUUUGCAGACACCCAGAAGGACAAAGAGCAGAAGAGACUACAGCAACUGAACGCCCAGGCCUGGAGCCAGAUGAACGCCCUGGCCAGUCUAGCCGCCCUCAACCCACAGUACUUAGCUUCUGCAGUCAAGCCCAACAUAGACAAUCAAAUGACGUCUCUCAGCUCCCAGUACUUGGGCUCUCUGGGCUUCAACAGUGUCUCUGACGACCACCGCCAUAUUUUUGCAAGUUCACCUUCGCUCCUACAGCAGGCAGCGUUAGGCAACCAGGCAGCCUUCAGUCAACAGCUCACUGCUGGCGACAUUCGGCAACUUUACACACCAACCACAGGAUCCAGCUCCGGAGGCGACAUUCGACAGCUUUACACAACCACAGGCACCAGCUCGGGAGGUCUAAAUAUGCUGGGAUUGCAACAGUUGUUGGCCGCGGCGACGGCAGCCAAUCAGGCGUCGGCGGGCACGGGUUCGUCCAGCGCGGUCAAUCCGCUGUCGAGUACAGGUUCUUUCAGUUCGUCACCUUCGCCCUGGGAUGGUUCAAACAUGGGAGCAGGGGGCAACACAAACACAUCGGCGCUGUCGGGCCUCGGGGCGCUCGCCGGACUCCAGGGGCUCGGGACGCCCAACAGCACCCUGGGAUUGCAGGCGCUGACGGGGCUGUCCGGGAUGGGGUCGCUGAACGGGACGUUGGGCGCGGCCACGGCGCUGUCCGCCAGCGGGACCGCGGGUAACGGGGUGGAUCCCUUAUCACAGGCUUACUCAGGAAUACAGCAGUUCGCAGGCAUGGAGCAAAGACAGGGCAGCGUAGGACAGAACUUAGCUACAUUCCCCAACGGGUACGGCACGGCGGGUCAGAUGGGCGCCACGGCCGCCGGCAAGCAGAAGGAAGGUGAGCAGCAACAAGGUCCUGAGGGAGCGAACCUGUUCAUCUACCACCUCCCGCAGGAGUUUGGAGACCAGGAUCUCAUGCAGACCUUCAUGCCCUUCGGAAACGUCAUCAGCGCCAAAGUCUUCAUCGACAAACAGACCAACCUCAGCAAGUGUUUCGGUUUCGUGAGCUAUGACAAUCCAGUGGCCGCCCAGGCUGCCAUCCAAGCCAUGAACGGGUUCCAGAUCGGGAUGAAGCGUUUGAAAGUGCAACUCAAGCGUCCCAAGGACGCAAACAAGCCGUACUAAAGGCCUGAUACUUAAUGAUUGCCUGUCACGUUGCGUAUUGAGUGUGGGUCCGUCUCUGACACGUGCUGUAACCGUGGUUACCGUGUUCUCUGCUUCCCACGUGCCCGUACGUAUCGUUCACACUCGUGUCACUCGCUCGUUUGCGUACGUCCGUUUACGCGCAUGUUCCUCUCUGAGCGAGCAUGUGCCCAAGCAUUUGGUUUCCAUGGCUGCCAUCUUCACAUACUGUGAACUGUAGAUCUGUUUUACCCCCUUCCAAAAUGCACUCGCCUUCCACACCCCCGUGUUUGGAAUGGACCAGUCCAGCAUCAGAUGUUGCCAAAAAAAAUUUCAUGUUGCCAAAGUUCUUUUUUGAGACAAGCAACAUUUUCUACAGAAAAUGAGGAUGGACUGUUCUAUCUUUCAUGGGGGUGGCAAGGUUGAUCUGCAUUUUGGAAGGGAAAAACUUCUGUAGACACUUGUACUAGCAUGCUGAAACUGUGAACCUGCCCACCCCUGCUUGACACAGUGGUAUGUGCCAUACUUCUCAAUGUGUACAAAGAAUUCUGUAUGAAGUAAUUUUCUAAGAGGUACGUGCCACUUUUGUUGAGGGAUUGGUCACUUUGCAGUGGAAGAUACAAUGAACAUUUUUUGAAGAAGGGCCAAAAGUCAAAAAGUGCUGAUGGCUUUGUGAAGAAAAGAGCAAAGACUUAAAAGAUUGAUUUUUUUACUUAACAACAGUGAAAAUUUACAUUUUUGUUGCUUUUUUUAAAGUUUGAAGAACUUCUCAUAGAUCUGAAGAUAUGUCCAGCUAUCCAGGGUAUUGUUUGAAAAAAGGCCCAGACAGAAAUGGAAAAUCAUGCUUUUUUUUGGUCAAAAAUGUACUCUACAGUAAUGUGACUAUCAUCCCUAGAAAUUGCCAUGGUACAUUCCACAGCGUGUUCCCCCUACUAUCCACUGUGUGGAGAGGGGGAUGUGCCAUUCUGCAGGGGUGUGCAGGUUGCAGGUAUAUGCCAUGAUAACGUCUGUAAAAGCUACUUGUUAAGUGUGUAGUGUCAGAGAGUACCUUAGUAACUUGGACUCCGUGUGUCGGUGUGACUUUAAAUGCUGCACUUGUACGAAACUUCAGAAUUCUUAGAGCUGAGAGCCUGCUCCGUGGCUUGUUGUGUUCUCAUUUUGUUUGGAACUUUACCAGUCUGCCUGUUUAAGAAACUAAAAACAAGUUCUGUGUUAAACUAAGAAGUGCCCAUUUGAGCAUGUAAGAAGAAAACUGUUCUUGGUUUUGUGCUUUUGAGUUGUUGAAUGUUGCCACUAGAGUAGUGGCCAGACUUUUACGUGCUGAGACUAGUUUGCCUUCAGGGAGAGAUAGUAAGACUGGUCUCUGUGUAAAACAGUGUUCGUGACUCAAGAGAUUUGAAAGUGUUAAUAUUGUCCCUCUGUACUUAUGUUAGAGGAAAAGCAGACUGACCAAAUUUGUUGACUGUUGAAAGAAAGUUUGUUAGUGAAGAAAGAAGGCCAAAAUGUUGAUAUAUACAAAGUGCCAUGUGGAAAAUAAAGAGCUAUAUUUCGACAAGGGAGAUUUUUGUUUAGUCCAGUGUUCCGUUUAGAAGAAAAAGAGGAAAUUUUGUGUCCCUUUGUGAGACUUCAGAAGUAGAACUGUGCUGAGCUAGCCUGUGCAGAGGAGUUGUUUAGUUUCACACACUGGUGUGUAACCGUGUAAGCUUCGCACUGGAGAGAAACCCUGUCAUAGGCAGCGAGGUAUCACACCAGGGAGACCUUCCUGUGUUCAUGUUAGUCUGUUUAUUUAUUGGCUCCCAGCCUUGUAGACAGUUCGCCAUGACGACGUUCGACUGUGGAUGGUUUUGUUUCUGUUCCUUUUCGGAAUGUUCCCAUUUCAAGAGUGUUCCUACCAUGUACUGUAUGUUGUUGCCACCCCUAUUCAGUAUUGCUACAAUAUUGCUACGCACCAUUGCGAUGUCUUGUAUCGGAUGACAUCCCAGUCUCAUGCUUAAGAAAUUGUGGCACUGUGACUCCUAGCUGUGUAAGUGAACAGUGUUCGCCAUGUACCUACACUUCUCAAUGUUGAAACGUUGUGAUAUGAUUGUACUUAGAGUGCAACGAUUAUUAUUAUCAAGUAUUUUGCUACUACAAGUUGUUGAUCCUUGCCACGUGGUAUGGUGGAAUUCCUGAGAUUUUUGUUGUAAGUUGUUCCUUUUUGUUGAAACAUAUCUGAUAAUUUUGGGAGAGGAGAAGUACUUACUGAGAUUGUAACCCUUUGGUGUAAUAUGAUACCAAACGGGAAAGCCAAAGAAAUUAGUAUGAUAACGAGAGAUGGUUAAUUAAGGUCAAGUUACUUAAUCACAUAAUUUACUUAACUAUUAACCUUCAUUUAUAGUGGUAUUUGUUUCCAUAGUUACGGAAGCUUAUGUUCUUUGUCUUUGUUGUGAUGGUCUCAGAAUAUGCCCAAAUAUGGAAUUGAUCAUGUGAUCAUACAUGACCAAUCACAAAAGUUGACUGAAGGUCGUGACCAUAUUUGUAGUGGUCAUGUGAUUUGGAAGUUGCGUCUGAUUGGUCAGGCCAGUAGAACAUGCCCAUAUUUGGUGCGCAGGAUGAGACCACUUCAGCCUAUGUACACAGGAGAUGCAAUAGGUGCCAAAAACUGUUGUGUUUUUUGUUGUUCUGUUUGUUUACCUGUUUUUGUUUGUGAGCGUUUCACAUCGUGGCAUGAUGUGUCGUUUCGCUAAAUUACUGAAACCUCCCUUAUCUACUCUCUCACUCACUCUCUCUGUUUCUGUUAGUUUUGUAAUGUUUUCCUUUUAUUUGCAUGAGAUAUAUCAUAUAUAAUAGCAGAGUAUAUCUAGUACAAAAUGGUUGCAAUUUGUUUUGGUGUGGCAAGUCCAAAGUGUUGGUACUUAAACGUGAUUGCAGUAAAGAAAGAACACAAUGGUUUAUUUAUCGUAUUAUAUGUAGAGAAGAUCGUAAGUGAAAUGUACGUGCAUGCGGAACUUUUUUUGUUUCAUUUAUUUGAUUGUGGCUGAGUAGAAACGUGCAAGUGGUUCUGACUUCUCAUUGGUGAAAGUCUCCUCAAUCCUCUCUCUUGCCUUGGUUCAUUUUUUGUUUUUGCUGUUCUGCUUGGAGGUUGCAUAUUUAACGAGGAAAAGAGAAAACUUCUAUCUCGCUGACUCUAGCGUCUGUAGAGCUCGUUUGUAACCCAGUCACUGUUGUAACAUCCAUCCCGGUGUUGUUGCACUUAUUAAAAAUUUGUGUGCCGUCAUCUCAAGUCUGUGUUCCUGUGUGUCAUUUGUGCGUCCACGUGCUCCGAACCAUCGGAGCGGUCAUGCCAUUGUCCGUAUCGUAUUUACAGGCUCCCACCGAGCGCUCCGCCACUCCAUCCCACUUUAACCAAUCAUGUUACACACGCAAACACACGCUAAUAAUCGUGUCCGUCCCAGUAGCGUAGCUGUGCCAACCCUCCCGCUGUCGUGUGGUGCGUUUAACGGUUGUUACACGGUGAAAUGUGGUGUCCAGCAACCUUAACCAAGUUUAACCAGACAUUACUGUGCACAAGGUGGAAGAAAACACACGUCUGUGAACCUUUACUACAUUCAGAACCUCACAGUCUGCUGAGGAGACAUGAGACAUCUCAUGUUCAUCCAUCAAAAUACAACCAUGCGAUGUGAAAAACUAAUUUUCCAACUGUUUGGCAAAUUUUUAAAGCAAAAUGGGCAAAACUUAAACUGCAGUUCUUUCUCUAAAUUGACCAAAAGUUGUUGCAAAGUCUUGCAGAUUUGAACAAUCCAUGCAUGAACCUCAACAUAAGUGCCAAAAUGCAUCUGUCAAGCCGUUUUCACAUCCAUGUCUUGCAAACCCAACUUUUCUGUGCCAAAACAUCCCCCUUUCAUGUACACAGCCAUCUCUUGCUGCUUUGGCUUCAAGCUGUGAGCCUUGAUGUAAACAUCGCUGUAUGCUUCACAUGUCUCGCAAACAUUCGCCAUGUCCUUUGGGCUUGGGGGGGGGGGGGGGGUACCAGGUUUUAUACACAAGCAAACACAACUGUCCUGCAUUCAGCACUCUGGGUUGUCAGAAACGUACAAGAAAAAAGACAACAUUUUUUUGUAACCCGCAUUGCUGCUUUGUAAUGCUGCAUCGGGACAUCACAGCAGGCAACCUAUCACCUUUGACCUGUAACAUUUGACCUUUACCACCUGCUGACACCAAUCCCAGGAUGCACUGGAGAUGAUCAUGUGACCUCAUCUGUCGUGUUACUUGUGCUCCUUCUGGCUUGCCCACCUCUGCAUUACCGUCCUCACGUGUUGCGUUUUUUCGUUUGUCGGUUUGUGUUCCGUGACGUGUCACAUAUUUUUCUAAUGCAGAGUAUUUAUAAUAUAUAUUUUAUCAGAUGGCGUAAAAAAAAAACACAAGGUUGAGAGAGAACUUAGAGAGCGUCUUAGACCAGAACAACAAUCAGGGGUUGCUUAAGAAAGGAGAGGGGACCGGGUGAUACCAAUGUUGUCCUUGCAACGUCUUUAGUUUGUACCAGCAUUCCAAGACAAUUUUCCAGUCUUAAGAAAAAACAAAAGCCAUUUCAGGUCAGUGACAGGCAGACAUGCCUUCGUUACGACCGCUCUGUUGUUGCCAUUCCCAAACCAUGACAUUGAUGAAUCCAUUGUUGCUCAUUGGCUGGAACUUUGGCUUUGUUCUAGAGGUCAGAGGUCAGCAUUGGUAUCCAUGGUAACGGAGUGAUGUGUGAGAAAACAAGUGUACUUAAACUAGUGACCAAAACUUGUGGCUGGAGGCAAGACGUCGCUUUUCCUUGUUCAAGUGGAAAAAAAAAACACUAAAAAGUUGUCCUGAAAGUUCUCACUGAGGUGCUACGAUGUGGAAAAUAGGAGAGGCUUGGGCACCCCUGUUUCUGAGUGGACUGUUCCAACAUGAUUGGCAGUUUGAGCAGAUGGAUUUUUGACCAUCCGUGACUGAAAGUUUUAGAAAUGACAAUCACUGAGUUUAAGAUAGUUUGUAGGAAAUUUUGGGAAGUGAAUCCUUGUUUUAAAGUUGCUGCAUUGAAAAUGCAGUGUAUUUUAAAUGCACAAGAGGCCAAUGAUCACAAAUCAAGCUUCCCACCCCUUUCCUAGGGAAAUGGAAACUGCCCAGUCAUGCGGUAGGAAUGUACCACUCUCAGAAAUAGGGGUGUUUGAGCCUUAAGCAGUGAAAAUUGCUUAGAGCUGGGACUUGAGGGUUCCCACUAGAUGUUGAAUGUUAUAGUACUCUGCCGUCUAAUUUGUACACAGAAUUUGAUGUAGUUCUAUUUUGAAAUAAAGCUAUUGCUGUGA